GUGGCGCAACAUUGGAGCAGCCAAUCUGCCUUCAUGUGUCAUGCAAACUUUGAACCUCAAAUUUACAAGCCCCUGAGAAGAUUCAGAGGCAUUUAGGCGUGCUGAUUAACGAUGGUCCGAACCUCAACGAGAAAUCAUGGAACAGGUUACAACGCUACUUUGUAAUGAGUGCGCAAGAAUGCUUUUCGGACUUUGUGAUCUCAACAAAUUCCGUUUAUGAAAAAAAAAACAUGCCUGCGACCGGGAAAUCACGAAUAACAAGAAGAGGCACUUAUUCAACUAAACCGUAAUUCUCGCGGAGAACAGAGACGCAAUGUUUCUUAAUUUGGCUGCAAACGGGAAACUUGCACAUCAGCCAUAAAAACGACGAGGGCAGGUUGAACUCCCGGGUUGGUAAAGGCAUAUCUUUUUCGGUCACCAGCGAACAUUAUCAGUUGUCCGACCCGCUGAGCAGCAUUAGCGUUUGUCUCGUCAACCUCAGCCAAGGUCACCUCCCAGCCUCCCCUGCCUCCUCGUCACUCUGAAGGGCUGUCCCUGUCCACCACCCGGGCCCCCCCUGCCACCUCUCCGACUCCCCAGGCAUGGAGAGCCUCAGUGAGCUGCAGAAUCCCCUGCUGGAUAAGAACACCAAGCACGUGGUCAAGGCCGACUACGGCUACAGAGGCGACUUCUCCAGCAACCAGUACCAGGAAAACAUUAUCAACUAUUUUGUGACAGGUGGAGGAGGAGGAGGAGGAGGUGGAGGUAGCGGCGGAGGAGGUGAAGGCGGUGGGGGCAGUGGGGGUGGGGGCGGCAACGGAAAGGCCAAACCCCACCAGCUGCUGGAUGCCACAUCCCUCCACCUGGCCGUGGAGGCCUUCUACCGGCCCAACUUCAUCCUCUACAAGGACGACGCUGUGACUGUGAAGGCCAAGGAUUAUAAGAGCGAGUGCUGCGAGACCACCUUCACCGAGAAGAAGGACAAGGAGGCGGCGGCGGUCACCAGCCCGGCAUCGGCCGAGACCCCCGGCAGCACUGAAGACGCCCAGGUCAAGCUUCUGCACGACGACAGCGAUAUCAAGAUCCAGACGGUCUCCUACGAGGUGGAGGAGGAGGAGUAUGUGGAGUAUGAGACGGACUGCUCCAGCGAGAGCGAGAGCGAGGACAACUUCAUGGUGACUCCACCACGCGAUCACCUGGGCCUGGCCAUCUUCUCCAUGCUCUGCUGCUUCUGGCCCCUGGGCAUCGCCGCCUUCUACUUCUCCCAGGGGACCAGCAAAGCUGUCACCAAGGGAGACUUCUCGCUGGCCAGCAUCGCCUCCAGACGGGCUCUAUUCCUGGCCGCUCUGUCCAUCACCAUCGGCACAGGUGUGUAUGUCGGCGUGGUGGUGGCCCUCAUCGCCUACCUGUCCAAGCCGGGACACAUAUAGCACCUCCUGGGGCCCCACCAGAUCCCCUCAGAGAGCCCACAGGACUACAUUUCCCACAAUUCCUCUUUCCUUUGAACUUGUCAGAACAUCUCCAGUACAUUCUUCCCCCCUCAAGACAACCCUUACUAACGAUUGAGCGACUGGUGAAACUCUAGUAAGACGAUGGAAGAGUGAAGAGAGG